CAAACAAACCAACCAUCAGUAUUCACCGUCUAAUGACAACCACUUGAAUCCCCCUCAUGAAAUUGAAAUACAAAGCUUAAUUUAAGCCAUGCAUUAAAAACAUCCCACAUUCACUUUAACCUUGUACACUACUAUUACACUGCCGGAAAAAAAUCAUGGCCACCGUCACGACGCAAGCCUCUGCCGCUGUUUUCCGGCCAUGUGCAUCGAAAACACGGUUCCUUACUGGUUCUUCCGGUAAGUUAAACCGAGACGUUUCAUUUAAACCAGUGGCUGCUACAUCGACUAGCUCAUUCAAAGUUGAAGCAAAGAAAGGGGAGUGGUUACCUGGUCUUCCUUCACCAGCUUACCUGAAUGGCAGUCUUCCAGGUGAUAAUGGCUUUGAUCCUCUUGGAUUGGCUGAGGACCCUGAGAACUUAAGAUGGUAUGUACAAGCUGAGCUCGUGAAUGGACGUUGGGCUAUGUUGGGUGUUGCAGGGAUGCUUCUGCCCGAAGUUUUCACUAAGAUUGGGAUAAUUAACGCUCCUCAAUGGUAUGAUGCCGGUAAAGCCGAAUACUUCGCAUCGUCCUCGACCUUGUUUGUUAUCGAGUUCAUUUUGUUCCACUAUGUGGAGAUCAGAAGGUGGCAAGACAUCAAGAACCCUGGUUGUGUGAACCAGGACCCUAUCUUCAAGCAAUACAGCUUGCCCCCUCAUGAGUGUGGUUACCCUGGUAGCAUUUUCAACCCCCUCAACUUUGCCCCGACACUUGAAGCCAAGGAAAAGGAGCUUGCCAAUGGGAGAUUGGCAAUGUUGGCAUUCUUGGGGUUUGUAGUUCAACACAAUGUGACUGGGAAGGGGCCAUUUGAGAACCUGUUGCAGCAUCUAUCAGAUCCAUGGCACAACACCAUCAUCAACACAAUCAGAGGUUACUAAUAAAUGGGUUUGAAGUUUGGAGGAGAUGUAGCUUAAUGUUCCUAUAUUUUGUAAAGCUUUGAGUGAAUGCUUUUUCGAAAGCAUAUUCAAUGUAAAACAAGGAACUUCUAAUGUACAGUGGAACUUCAGAUUGCAUCUAUAUAUAUAA